AUGUCCUGGCAGUUAAGCAUCGACAAACAGCUUACCAAGAUCUAUGCAUGUCUGGAUUGUGGAUACACUUACCUGAAGCUGUCUGGUCUGUCGGCGGUCACACAGACAAACCUCAAGAAAUAUGCGCAUGCUAUUCUCGUUGACCCGUCCCUGUACGGCUACCGCGAGAAACUGGCGAGCAAGUGUUUGUUGGAGAUCAUGAAGAAAGAACACUUCGACUUACCGGCCGGUAUUGAGAAGAAUCGGGCGCAUUGGGAGGAAGUCGAGAAAGAAAUCAAGAAGGCGGGCCCUGACUCCGGCGUUGAUAUCUACACCUUAGCUCGGAGGGUUGUGGGGGUGAGUGGAUGCGUGACAACACUGGAGCUCAUUGCACGUUGUGCUAUCAUGCGAGAUGUCUACUGGACGGAUGGAAAGACCGAGGGGAAGUUCUGGAUGGAGGUCGAUAAGGUGCUCGAUGCGAUCCGGACGAACGCGAAAGGGGAUAAGAUCACUGCCUCGAAUUGCUUGAAACUAUUCAUCGACGAUGAUAUCAGCAAGUAUGGCCGCGGAGAUGGUGAAGAGCCAGACACGAACGUUACCGUUCCUAACUGGGUGAAAUCAGUGAACGACGUGGUGCGCGAUGUCGGAAGGGCCCCUAGCAAGGAUUGA